AUGGAUGAAAUGGAAAUGCAAAUGAAUCGAAGAACAUGGGUUGCAAUGCUUGAAAUGGCUGGAAUAUUGGGAGAUGAUGAAAAUGGUUUGAAAUUUAAUGACAACCUUUUUUGGGGUUUUUGAAUAGAAAAAUCGAUAGUCUUUAUUUGAAAAUGUAAUUUUUUUUUUAGAAAUUCCACCGAAAACUCAAAACGAUGGAAGGAUUUCAACAAAACCGCCUCCUUUUCGAGUUGCUUGUAUUAUGAGAACAAAAAGUUGGAAAAUUGGAAUGCCAUUUCCGAAAAAUCGAACGAAAUUGGGAACGAUUUAUAUGAACAAUGCUGAACUUGAGUCAAUUGUGAGUUUUUUUUUUAGAAUUUCUGAGAAAUUUGGAAAAAAUCCUUAAUUUUUCACGACAAAUACCAAAUUUUACCCCUUUUUUGAGUUAAGGGUGCCAUUGGCUAUGGCGAGAUAUAUUUUAUUUAGAUAAGUAGAUUUUUUUUCGGAAAAAAUUCCAGGUUUCCGGAUGAAUUAUGAAUUAACAGGUCGAAAUGUUUUGACGCAAUAAUCAGCUACAAAAAUAGCAAUAGACGACAAAAGUUAAUAAAAGCUCAGAAUGUGUGUUAGUCGCGAGCAUCAUUUUGUACUCUAAAUAUACUUGAAGAUCAUAAGUAGAUUUUGAUGAAAAUAACACAGUUUUAUAGAAUUAGGGAAAAGAUUUCACAGAAAAAAAUCUGAUCAAAUUAUCAAAAAUAAUCCUGAAUCUUUGGAAAAAGAAGCGUGUUUGUGUUUUUGAAAGAAAAUUCACUCAAGAUUCAAUUAUUUUUGGUAACUAAACUCUUUUUUUCAAAAUGGGGCUGAAAUUUUCUGGAAACAAAUUUAUCUGUUUUUCAAAAAAAAAGUAUUCUGAUUUUUGGUUAAAUAUGAAUGAGAAAUUUGAAGUUUAUUGAAAAUUGAAAUUGAAGUUGAUAAUUUUAGCCCAAAAAUAAUUAAAUAUUUGAAUUUUCAGAUUGUUCUAAAUGAUUCAUCGAAUACAUUAUCGGUGUCUUUUUCAAUGGAUAAUAUUCGAAUCGAAGAUUCAACACCUUCUUAUUCUGGUAAUUCACAUUUUCCAAUAUCAAAAUCCUUUUCCAAUUUACAGAAAUGUAUCAAGAACGAUUAAUUAUAAUCGAUGAACAUCACGAGAAUUCGAAUACACAUUUUGGUGAGUUAAAAUAAGUACGAUAACGUGGGGGUAGAACGAGAAAAAAACGGAAAUUGGUUUUUUAUAUAUUUCAUCGAACAUUGAAAUUCUAGAAAAAUAAUAAGAAUAAAAAGGAAGAGAAUAUAUUGCGUGUUGAACGGAAGCAUUCCAUUUUUGCCGUUUUUUCUGAAUUAUUGAAUAAAAAUGGGUUUAAUUGAGAAAGGAAGCGAAACUGUAAAUAAAUACACAAAUAAAUAAUAUUUCAGGAAAUGGUCCGAUUGUCAAAAAAAGAUUGGAUGAUUCGAAACGAAUUCAAAUAAAUGUGAUCAAAUAUUUGGGAGAAGAUCCGAAUCGAGAAUUUGACACAAAAAUACAAUUUGAAGUCCCGACAAAUCAGCGAUUUUAUUAUGUACAUACACAUCGAUUUUUCUGUGGUCUUUUGGAUUUUUGGAUGCAGUUCAAUGAAUUGAUGAAUUUGGUAACAAAAAGUAAAAAAUUGAAAAAUGAAGAAACAGCAAGAGCAAAAGUUGCACUGGAUGUUGAUAUUAAAUGUUCGAAUUCAAUUUUGAUGCCAAUGAAUCAAACAUCGAAUGAAUUAUUGAUUUGGCAAGCUGAUUCGAUGAAAAUGAGCAAUACGUUUGAAAAAUUAUCGAAAUUGAAGACUGAAAUAUUUGAGAAAUUUUCGAUUGAAAGUGAUUAUGGAUUUGGUAAGUUUCAACUUGAAUUCAGUUCAACUGGGGGCGAUUUUUUUAUUUUCUCUUAAUAAUUAAUAAAAAUAUCACAAUUCUUUCAGAUUCUGGAAUUGAUUGUCUUUUGGAUUAUACCGAUAUGGUUUUGGAAAAUGUUCGAGCACACGAAGCUCGUUUAAUUGAUCGACUUCAUAAACCAAAACACGGUAACUGUAUUGGAGAAAAGGCAUUCAAUUAUUCAUCAUUUAUUCUAACAAGUGAAAAUGUCUUCUCAAGAAGAUUCGAUUUGAAAAAUAAGUUUUUGAGAAAUCUUGACUCUUUUCAAUCACAUAAUGGUUAGUUUUUUUUAGUUUCCAGAAAAAAUUUUCAAACAUAUAAUUCAGCACCCGAUAUUUCGAUAAUUACGAGAAUUAGUGGAUUAAAAUGGAGAAUGACGACUAAUUUUUAUAUUUUGAUGAGAGGAAUUUUGGAGAAGAAUUUGGGUGAACCAAUAAUUCCGAAUGUUGAUACAAUUCCAAUUGAAAUAUUACAAAGUCCAACUGAUGUGAAAGUAAGUUAUUUCAAAAACAAAAAAAAAACAAAAUUAACUUUUUGGAAAUUUAGGAAGUUCAACAAAUCCAAAACAAAUAUGCAACUUUAUCAUUCCGAAUGAUAUUUGAAGAUGUUGAUUUGAAUUGUGAAGUUCCAAAAAUUCUCGACCAAAAUCGUAGAAUAAUUCCUGGAUUUAAUGAAUGGCAAUCAUUUGCAAAUAUAAAAUUAGCAAGUUCUCGAAUCUCAUUUGAUUCUUUUAUUGAUGGACAAUCGGAAUUGGAUUUGAUAUGUGACAAAGUUGAAUUAAUUGAUACACGACCAACUGGAAUACAUCCAAAUUGUUUUCCAAUUAUUUUACAACAUCGAGAUGUCGGAAAAAAUAUGUGAGUAAACAAUUUUGAAAAAAUUCGAAACAGAAAUUUAUUUUUAUUAGAUCACCUAAUAAUGCUCUGAUGUCAGAAGCUCAUUUGAUGAUGAAAAAAGACGAGCCGCCUGUUUUGACACUUGUUUUAUGUAAUGCAAGAGUUAUUAUGGCAUAUGAUUGGAUGGAUGAUCUAAAACAAUUUAUACUACUUUAUACUGAUUUUGUGCCAAAGUGUAAGAAUAAUUCAUUUUAAUUUCUCAAAUGUUUCAUAUUUUCAGAUAGCGAUGAAAUACCUGCAAUGAAUACUGUUCAAAAAUUCCAAAAAAUCAAUGAUGGAGCAAUUUUGGAUCGAAAACCGUAUCAACAAAAUGUUUCACAACACACGUUUUCGGUGAAAAUCACAUUGAGAGAUUCGGAUUUGUAUAUUUUGGAGAAUUGUCAUAUGAAAAAUAGUUUUGCAUUAAUUGCAUCAACAACUGCUGUUUUGAAUAUGAAUGAUCAAUUUGGACAUAUUAUGGCCAAUCUUGAAAUUCAGGUGAGAAAAAAGCAAAUCAAAGUAUCAGAAAAGUUGAAAUAUCUAAGAAAAAGCAUUUAUUGUAAAUUAUGAAAAAUGAACUAAAAGUCUGUUACUGUAGAUUUUAUCAAAUUUUUCUCCUCAAAUUCUAAAUAAUCCUAUUACUUCUUGGACAUUUUUUCUUGAAAAUUAGCUCGAAAAUCAAAAGAGUCAUUAGGGUUGGCUCCUAUUUAUAAUUUGACUAUUAUUUUCCCCAGGUUUACGUGAAAUUUCGAAAGUUUAUCCACAAAUGCACUUUAAAUAUUUGUUCGAAAAACAACCUUAUUUUGUAUUUUCUUUGCAGAGUAUCAAAUUUGCUUGGUGCUCAAUGCAACAUGAAAAACAAACCAAAAACUUGUGUUCAAAUGAAUUUUCGGUAACAAUUGGAUUGGCUGUUGAAACAACAAAUAAUCAUAAUCAAAAUGGUUCAAAUGGAAUGUUGUUGACACCGCCAGCACGACAUACUUUGGAGGUUUGUUCUCUUAUUUGUAUUCAAAACCAUAAGUACAUAUUUCUUUGUUUUCUUUUUUUUCUGGAAAAAAUAAGUUUUUUUUUUGAAAAAAGGGAACAUUUACAGAUGCACACAGUGAAAUAUUUUAUAGAGGUUUGAAAUUAUUAUUUGUGAUUUAUAUGUUUGUCUCUUUUCAUUUUUUACAAAAGCUUUGGGGAUUUAACCAUUGUCAAAAUGCCAUUUAAUAAAUACACAAAAAUAAAUAUUUAUCAUAACUAAACACUAUUUUUCAGAUCGAUGUUGUUAAAAUGAUUUGUCGAUUGUCUUACAAAGAUGCGAGAGCUUUGAAAGCAAUUAUAACUGGAUAUUUGAAAUAUUUGGCUGAAAUUCGAAAAUCAAUGAUUCCUGAAAUUGUUCCACCACCACCUCCAAAACGUGAGUUUUUUUUUGUUAUUCAAGAUUUUUAAAGACAUUUUUUAGCAAUUGUGAUUGGUAAAUUUAUUGCGAGAACUGAACACGCUGAUUUGUGGAUUCUUGAUGAUUUACAAUCAAAUUCAAUUCCAUUGUUGCGUUUUUCUGUUUCAAGUAAGUUCCUCGAUUUUAUUUUUCUCAAAAUUUCAAAUUUUUUAUCAGAUGUAAAUGUUGAAAAAAGUGGAGAUCGAAUAAAAUCGUCAUUUCAAGUAUCAUUAGAUUAUUUCAAUCAACGAAUAUUUGGAUGGGAACCAGUUAUUGAACAAUGGAGAAUUCUUCGAUUUGUUUCAAAUAUCAAAGAUAAUCAUAAACAAACUGUUGAACUUGUUGCUGAAACAAAAAGUACAUUAAAUAUAAAUAUAACUGAACAACUCAUUCAACAAUCAGUUCAAUGGAAUGCUAAAUUACCGGCUAUUUUAGCAUCAUUUGAAAGAGAUGAUUUUCGAAAUCAAUGUACACGAACAAGUUCCGAUCAUUUACCAUAUGUUAUGAAAAAUGCGACUGGAUGUGAAAUCUCAUUUACAACAGCGGUUGAAGAUGUUUUAUCAGCGAGAAAUGAGCAAAGAAAAUCAAGUAUUAGAUGGAUGACUGUUGGAAAAAAUCAAGAGAAGAAUUUUGAAUUUCCAGCCAGAUUGUUGUUGUAUUCGGUAAGUUUUUAGAAAUAAACAAUGGGAAAUUUUUGAACUGAAUCUUUUUCGGAAAUAUUCCCAAUGAGAUAUUUCGAAUUUUUCAGCAUUUGGAACGUGAACCGCCUCGUCAAUUAAUUGUUCGUGUAUCUGGAUGGGAUGAGAUUUCUCCAGUAAAUGUUGAUUCUUGUGGAACAUAUUUUCGAGUUGUCAAAGCAAUCAAACCAGAUUUGAAAAAUGCGAGGCUUUUAAUAAGUGUUACAAUGGAAAAAGAUGGAAAAAAGGUUGUGACAUUGAAAUCAUCGAUUGAUGUAACCAAUCAUUUACCACAUCCGAUUGCUGUUCAAACUGAGGGAGCUAGUAAGUUGCUUUUUUGAUUUAAAAAAAAACUUGAAAUAUUUUUUUUUCAGAAGGAGAAUUGAUGUCUGUUGAACCGGAUGGAAGUGUUUCUGUACCUUUAGAAUUUGCUCAUUGUACUGUCACUGCAUAUCCAGUUGGACCAGUUCAAGUGAUUGAACAUGUUAGUUUUUUCUUUUUGUUUUCACAUUUUUCUUCAAAAGCAAUAUUUUUCCAGGCUGAACUUCUUUGGAAAAAUGUAAAAAUUUCGGGAGAAGUUUGUAAUCAAACUCAAAGAUUGAAAACAAGAUCAGAUCUGAAUGUGACGAAAUAUUAUUGGGUUUGUACAGCGAUUCGGAGAGAAUAUUAUCCAGAACAUGAAUUUGAAUCACUUCCUGGACAUUCAAUUCAUCUUGUCGCACCAUUAUCUUUGCAAAAUUUGCUUCCGAUUGAUGUUGAAAUUACGAUUCAGAAUAAUGUUUUUGCGAUUGCUGCUGGAAAAUCGAUGUUGGUCACUUCUGUAAGUUUAUAUUACUAUUCCAAAUAAAUAUAUAUUUAUUGAUAUUUUCUAGGUUGAUAUUACAAAAGAAUUAUCGAUAAAUGUGACUACUGAUCGAUUAACUUCACAAUAUCCUUUACAAAUUGUCAAAUCAGAUAUUGGAGAAGGACAAUUAUUAUCAACAAAAAUGACUGAUUCACGAGGACAUCUUCUUGAUAUGUAUUGUCAUGUUCGAAUUGGAAAAGCACAAGCAAUUUCAUUAUCAUUAUGGGUUCCAUAUUGGAUUGUGAAUAAAUCUGGAUUGCCAUUAAUUAUACAACAAGAUGCAUCAAAAGAUGAAGCUGCUGGACAAAUGGAAGAACAUGAAAAAGCAAAAGAUCGACAUCCAUUGAUGUUUUCGUUUGCCGAUGAAAAUUGUCCGAAAUCUUGUCGUGUUCGAGUUGGAAAUGAUUUUAUUCGACAAAAAGGAUAUGUUCCAUCUUUGAGUGAAAAGUUCACAUUAACACCUGGAGUUCAAGCAUUAAAAUUGAAAGUUGAACACAAAACAUUGCCAACAAUUUAUUAUAAUUUGGGAGUUGAAGUUCGAGCUGGAACUGGAAGAUAUAAAGAUACACAAGUUGUUCUGUUAACAUCUCGAUUUUUACUUCAAAAUCAAUCAUCUGUUGCAUUAUCUGUAUGUCAUCACGAUCUUGUUGAUGUAAGUUUGAAAAUGAGAGAAGAGCCCCGAUUAAAUGUGAAAGGUCAAAACUUUUUUAAUUCAAAACUACAAUUAUUUUGUGACCUUAACAAAAUUUCAAUGAAAAGCAUACAAUUGAAAUUUUGCAGAGUCCAAAAGAUCAUGUUCAUUUGGCUGCUCAAUCAUCAACAACUUGGAAUGAGAAUUAUGCGGGAAGGCGAAUGUUAUGUGUUCGUCGAGCUGAUGUAAAACAUUGGAGUUGUCCAUUUCUCAUUGAUCGAAUUGGUAGUUUUCAUGUGACAAAUCGAGAUUCGGAUGAAACUCCAAGAUUCAUUCGAGUUGAAAUUAUUCUAACAUCUGCAGUUUUUCAAAUAACAUUCACAAAUGCUGAUUUCUAUCCACCUCCGAUUAGAAUUGAGAAUUUGACUGAUGUAAGUCCAAUAAUUUUUCAAUAUUUAUUUCAUAAUAUUUUCAUAGGUUCCUGUAUUAUAUCAACAAGAAAGUAAUACACCGGCUCGUCGACAUCUUCGAACUAUUUGCAAAUCAAAAAGUGUUGUAGAUUAUGCUUGGGAUGAUUUAUAUGGAACUAAGAAAAUGGUAUUACAAGUAUUUGAGAAUCGAAGUAAAUCAUAUGAAAUUAGUCUUCCUGGACCUGCCGAUCCACUUGUUUAUGAAAAUAACUCAUUUAUACAAUUGGCUCAUUCUUUCAAUAUGCGAAAACGUGAUAAUUUGGGAAACACGGAUGAACAAGAACUUGUGCUAGAAACAAUGCAAAAAGGAAAAGUUAUGUUGAAUAAACAAAAUCGAACGGAUGGAAAGUUAGUUGUUUUAAUUUUAAUGUAUUUAUGAAUCAAGAUUAUUCGAAAAAAAAUUCUCCAAAUCCUAGUUCAGGGAGAAUUUGGAACUUUUGAUUUCUCUUUGAAAGUUUUCAGUUUUGAUUUUGACCCCAUUGAAACUUUUUCUGAGAAAUAUAAUAGUUUUCAAUUUAAGCACUGGAAAUCAACUAUGGAAAUUGUGUAAAGAUGGUUGCAUCGAAAAUAUCGGAAUGAAUCUGAGAAACGUUGGCGACAAUCGAUUGGUUUUGGAUGUUCUCGAUAAAAAUGGUGGAAGACUGAUGAUGAUGCCAAAAGAUCAGCGAAGAACUCGAUGGCAAAGAUGGACAAUGAUGCCAGAUGGAAGAUUGUGUUUACAAGAAGCACCACAUUUAAUGAUGACAUCAAAAUUGACGGAAGUUUGUUUGGCAGAAUCGGAUAAGACGGCGCCGCGUGGAGAAGAUGGAAUUGCAAUCACACAAAUAUGGAAAAUACAAAGACAACGACCUGGAAGUGGAACACUUGGUGUAGAAUUUUUACAUAGUGGACCAACGGUUGUUAUUCGAAUAACUGAUCGAGAAGGACAAAUUAGAGCUGUUUCUGAACCAAUGAUUACAGCUAUCAAAAAAUUGGGUGUGUUUAUUUCCUAUUUUUAAAAACAUUUCAUAUUCUUUUUUAUAGAAAUUCUUGAUGUAAGUAUAACAAUGCGUGGCGGAAUCGGAAUAUCUAUAAUUAAUGGUCUUCAUGAGGAAUUAAUUUAUGCAAGAUUCUCUGGAAUAUUUGUUAGUGCUCGAAGAAUUGAUCAAACUUAUGAAAUGACUGGAAGUGUUGAUGUAAUUCAAAUUGAUAAUCAAUUAUUAUCAUCGGAUAAAUGGCAAGUUCUUUAUUGUCAACCAGAUACAAUGAAUGGAUAUGAUGAACAAAUGGAAGAAGUUCCAACUGGUGUAUCAGUUAAUGGAAGACAAGCUUUGAAAUUGGAAAUGAAUUGUACACCAAUGAAACAUUAUGAUUCUUUUGAUGUAAGUAUUUUUUCAAUUAUAGACUUUCCAUAAGUUUAACAUGCCAAUUAAUUUUCAGUGUUUCCGAUUGAAAAUCUGUGAUAUGUGUGUUCAAUUGGAUGAAUUAUUAUGUUGGAAAAUAGUACAAAUGGCACAAUCAUCGGAUGCUUCUUCUGCUGUUCAACAAACUGCUCUAAAUCUUCCACCAAAUACUGAACUUGAACGACAUGAUCCUUUGAGAACUCGAAGAUGGUAUUUUGGAACACUUGAUUUGGAAAUUGGACAUGUUUCCUUGAGUGGUAAUUUUUUAUAAUUAAUUUGAGAUACUUGGUGAACUUCUGAUGUUAAUCAAAGAGUUCUUUCCAAAAUCUGGGAUUACUUUUUUCCUAACUUUUAUUCUCCAAAAUUCAAAAUUUGGGUAAAAUAUCCUAAUUUAGGGAACAUUUCUUUUGAGAAAAUUCAAUCUCAACAAAAAUCAUCAAUUUUAGGCUGUCCGCGUCUUUCUGAGUUUUUUUUUUGAAUUUCCUCAUUCUCUAUCUAUAACAUUAUUUAUUUUCAGUUGUUACUGUGCCAAAAUCUGGUUUACCACAAGAUCUUCGUCGUUUGAAACAUCAAUUCAAUGUGAAACUGAUCUCAUUUGAAAAUGCAAGUGUUUCUCUUCCUCCAUUCAGACAAUAUCAUUAUUUUGAAACAUCGUCAUUUUUAUUGGAAUCAUUGCAAAAGUUUUAUACCGGUUAGUUACAAUUUCUUUUCAUUUUCUAAUUUAUCAACUAAACAAUUUUAGCUGAAUUACAAAAACAAACGUUGAGUAUUAUUGUAACACUUGAUGCAUUUGGAAAUCCACUUGGUUUAGUCACUGAUUUGAAAGAUUCAUUCCAAGGUCUUUUUAUCGAAGGAGAUGUUCAAAGAUUUGUUGCUGGAUUAGGAUAUGGUUUAUCAAAUAGUGUUUCAAAAGUAGCAUCUUCAAUGGCUUCCGGUGUUGGUUCACUUACUUUUGAUCAAGAACAUGAAUUAAAAAGAAGACAUAAUAUGAUUCGAUCACAUAGUUCAUCAUCAACACCUUUAACACAUUUAUAUUCUGGUGUAAAAGGUUUGGGUGUUGGUGUUUUGGGUGGAGCUACAGCAAUGAUAACAAGUGUUGCAAGUGAGAGUCGAAAAAAUGGAAUAUUUCGAGGAAUGAUUCGAGGUGUUGCGACUGGAGUUGUUGAUACUGUAACAAAACCAGUUCAAGGAGUUUUUGAUUUUGUUGAAGGAACUGCGUCAGCGAUGAAAGAAUUGGCGAUGCCAGCAACUGGUGUGAGAAGAAUGGCAGCAACAAAUCGAGUAAGAGCACCAAGAUUAUGUCGAAAUCUUUAUCAUCUUCUACCAUCAUAUAAUCCAAAUUUGGCAUAUGCACAACUCGAAUUAUUGAGAAUAAAUGGAUAUUCACCAAAAGAACGACUUUUGGAUGUUGAAACUUGUCUAGAACAUGUUGAUGCGGCUAAUAUUGAUAAAAUUAUCAGGCAAUAUGUAUUGAUCUCAACCAAACAAUGUUAUGUUUGUAGACAAGUUAGUUUUCCAUAAUUUAUUGGUGACCAAGAUUUUAGGGGGGAAAAAUAAUACUGUAAAGAAUAAUUUUGCGAAAGCUUUAUUUCCAACAAAAAAUGGUUCAGAAAAAAAUCUGAAUGUUCUCCUUUUUUAUCAGUUUGUUUUUCAGAUAAAUGGCGAGAAUUCAAUUGUGAUCCAAAGAAUUGCUUAUAAAUAUUUGAAAAGUGUUCAAGCGAAACCACCAUUGGAAAAUACGUUUUCAAGUAUAGGUAUUGUUUUUUGUCCUUAUUAGUAAAAUAAUGUGCUUUACAUAUUUUUUUUCAGAAGUAUCAUUGGAUAUGGAAGAUACUCGACUUCGACAAUUACAUAUUUGGUGUAGUCGAAUUGAAGUUGCUCGACGAUUAUCUGAUAAAAUGAUGAGAGCAAAACAAUUAUAUGAUCAUAAUAAAAGAACAUUAAAUGAUGUAACAUGGACAAAAUCACUUUUCGAUUAUGAAAAUAAUUAA